AUGAGUGUGCCAAGUGAGCUGCCGGCCAGCUCAGCCAUAGAGCUGCCUGAAGGCUGGUGCCGGCGGAAUGGCGUCAGCAUCGGUGACACAGCAAUAUGGAAAGCUGAUUCGCCAGCUUUCAUCGCAAGAGAUGCACCUGACUUCGGGGCCAGUCAAGCAGAGGUAGAGGAAGCCAUCCGAGAUGGCAGCUACCAAGUUUCAUCCGAUGCCGACUAUGCAGGUCCCGGAGAUGUUUGUGACGACCAACAGCCUCGUCAGAGCUGUGGAAGGAAGAAGAGUGUUCGGGUCGCUGCAAUGCUCUUCGCAUUGCAGCGCUGCGUUCGCCGACACUUGGCCGAGCUGCUCGCUCUCUGGAAAGAGGCUCGUUCCAACUUGGAUGCGGACGCCCAACACCCUUUUGCCGGCUCUUUGUGCUCACUUUCUUCCGUUCCGGCAGCGUCCGCUGAAGAUGAGGAGGACAUGCCUCAGUGGCUGCAGUGGCAGCUCAGCCUCCGUUCAACUUCCGGAGUCCGUGAAUGGUAUCGAUUGCGGUCUGUGGGAAGGGUUCUCUCUGUCUGGCGCACGCUGGCAGCCGGAAGCAGUGCCAGACGGCUCGUGAGGAACGUGUGCAUCCAGUUUCGCUACCAGGCACUUGUAUCCGCUGCACAGCUAGAUGGUUUCGUACUCGGCUGGUGCAUGCCGAGGCUUGCUUCAUGCCUUGUGGCAUUUCACGCCAGCAGAAAGACUGUAGUGCCGAAGCGACGGCAGUCAUGGUCAUUUUUGUUGAUAGUCAACGACUGCCAUAAACUCGCAGACACAGUCGAUAAGCCUCAGCAGUCCGGGGCGAAACCCGUGUGCCAAGCCGGAAGCGUGCAGCUACGCCAUGGCGCUAGACAAACCCACACGAUCCUUCACAGGAGGGACGCAGGCGGAACGGCUUGUCGGAUUUCUGGCAGCUUCCGUUUGGUCGCUCGUGUAUGUGAUUGCACCGCUUUACGCGGGUGCGUGCGUCGUGUCCCUGCUCAGAUAUCCUUUUUGGAUGGGUUCGUGGGCUUUGCUGUCGCCGAGACUUGCAGGCUGCUCUUAUCGUUUCUGACUCCGGACCAUGUGAUAGAACGCUUAGGGCACAUGGUGCUCACAUCAUGGCCGAUGCAGCAGGUGCCGAAAUAUUUCGACUACGAGGAGUACCACGAAACUUUGGACAGUGAGGUCCGCGCGGGGUCUCGAAGCUUCAUCGUCGGAGCACAUCCUCACGGCAUCUUUCCCUUCACUGCGGUCUGCGCUGCCGUUGCGACACAGAAUGCGGUGGAUGGCUUUGGUGCGGCACUGGCAAAGGAAGCUCCGACGGCUGCUGCAUCCAUAGUCAAGUAUUUUCCGAUCCUGAAAGAUGUCGUUGGAAUGUUUGGGUUAAUCGACGCAAGCAGCGCCACCUUGUUCAAAAGGCUAACGAAAGCCAGAGGAGUGGUCAUUCUUUACGUGGGUGGAAUUGUCGAGCUCUUCUCCUCCAGCCCCAAGAAGGAGGCCGUCUACUUGAAGCAGCGAGCCGGGUUCAUCAAACUCGCCCUGCGCACUGGUGCAGAUGUGAUUCCAGUCUACAUGUUCGGGAACACCACCGUUCUGUCGGCGUUGACCUGGGGUCCACUUGCAUCGCUGAGCCGCGCGUUGGGGAUGUCCGUAACCGUGUUUUGGGGAAGAUUCGGCUUGCCUGUGCCGAAGGCCGUGCCCUUGACGUAUGUUCGUGGGAGGCCGCUGGGGAUGCCACAGAUUUCCAAUCCGACCGCUGAAGACAUUCAGAAGUGGCACGAGAUCUAUUGUGAGAGGCUCAAGGCACUGGCGAGGAGAAGCUUUGGAGCUCUUCGAGAGCACAGGCGGUGGAGUUCAGCGAGAACCCACCGCAUUUCGCAGGCAGUUGAUGGCUGGGUGGAUACGCGCCAUCAAAGUCGUGUUCGACGAGCUCUUGGUGUUUGGAGGCUGCGUGGAGCAAAGGGGGCGCUUCGUCGUCGCGGCGAGUGCGAUUGCGCUGGGUGCCUUCCUCACGGCCACGCGUUUGAGACGAUGGCUUACUGGCUGGAGCAGCCUCGUGCGUCGAGAGCGAAGGAACUAGACUUCACAGAGCUCUGUGAUGCCAGCAGCUGUAGUGACAGUCGAGGUGCUUUAGGCGUUUUACGCUCCUGCCGCGCUCCUGCCCUGAAUGGUGUUAUGGGCCAAGAGAAACCCUUGGAGAUCUCGGAUCCGGUCUAUCGCUGGCAGCCAGAAGCCAAUGAGCUCCUCACUUUCGACGAGGCACACCGACGGAUCGUGCAUAUCAAGCCGGGUGGCUUUAUCACGGCAGAUGUGAUCGACAGGGACCGAUCGGCAACUCCUCCAGAUGGGCUGAACGUAGCUUUGGAGCAUGAUGUGCGAUCCGUGCGGUUCUCUCCUGACGGCCUCUUCUUCGCCUUUCUGAGCGAGAAGCGCAUCGGAUGCCUGCGAACAAUGCAGCCCAGUCUGCAGCCGAUCUGGCCAUCAAGCAAGUGGAGCAACAAGUCGGACUUCGAGAUCUUAGCCUUCUUCUGGUUGCCCGGAGAGCAAGAUGCCAGUGACCUGGCUGUCGUCACGAGUCAGGGCAUUGAAGUGUUCCGCCUCAGCUUCGACCAACGAGCUGCGAAGUCCCAGCGUACAUUUCCUACUCCAGUGAGAGUUUGCUGGCUGGAGCCUUCCGCAGCGACGACCCUGGUUUGUACAGGUGCUCGAACUCUGCAGCCGUUUGAUUUCAGGCGGCGAAAUGCGAAACUUCCUCGAUUUGACUUGGUUCUGGGUCGUGGCCAAUCUAUCGAGCCUGGCGAUGUCGCUCUCAUGACUAUUUAUGAUUGUACCUACUGCAUCCAUGCAGAUGGAUCAAACGGCAAAGUCUCCCUGCGCAACGUUACGAAUCUGGAAAAGGGAACUCCGGAGCACGACAUUGUGAUAGACAUCUCCGACCAAGACACGCCGCUUGGUCCCCUCCGCUUGUCUGUUGUUGACAACCUUCUGAUCGUGCACUGUCUGGAGAGGAUGGUCUCAUCGGUCUACGACAUUCGCCACAAGGAUGGCGACUCUGUUCCCAGAUUGGUCUGCCAGCAAGGGGUGGAGCUUCAGACGAAGCAGCCUUCGCAAUCUGCAUGGCUAGACUGGGAUUACCUGUCUGGUGGUAUCGUGCUGGAUUCGGGAGCAGGAACAGUCCAUCAACUGCACCUGAAUAUGGGCGCAAUUUUAGCUCAGUUUCUUGCACAGGCGCCGGUUGAUGUAAGUCUCGUCCUGAAGCUCCUGCUGCGGCGCACCGGCUGCAGAGAACAUGUAGUGCAGACACUUCGGAAAGCCCUGGCUGCAAGAACUCGCUCGGCAGAGCUGUUACAGGGCUUCCAGGUGCUCAACUCUGCAUAUCGCCAAGUGAUCGAAUCUAUGUCUCAGCGCUGUUCCGGUGCCGGAGUACGUGCAAGCAUCUCUCUCCAAGAGCUGGAGGCUCAAAUCACGUAUCAAUCCAUGCUAUCUGAAAAGGACAUGGUCACACAGGUCUUCUACCCACACUUUAUUGGGAGCGAAGGUCUGGAAGGGGAGGGGUCUGCGCCUUCGACGGAGCCCUUCAACCUGGCCGACUGGCAUAUUCCGUUUGAAGCCCGAGAGAACAAAGAUCUUCCGAAGGACAGUCCCUACAUCCUCUCCGUUGUGAUCUCCUACCUUCGCAGCCUGCUAGGCCUCCAGAUCCUGCCCCACAAGAUUCUACAAUGCUUCGUCUUCGACCUGUGUGUGUACUUCAGGCAGGAGCACAUGCUGCAGCAGCUCUUGCACUACCAUGUGCUGCUGGAUUCUCCGGAGCUAGUGUUCCGGCUCAAAGACUUGGCGCAGCACAGCACAAAGGAAAGGUCAUGGGCCACUCAAGCCAGCCUGGACAUGGCCUUGCGCGUACGCGAGUUCUCUGUGGUGGCAGACAUGCUGCUUUUCUCCAGCCAGUACCUGGACAUCGUGCCAUUCCUCAUAAACCAGAAGGACGUCUCCUUCAAAGUGCGCACUUUGCUGGAGCGUCUAGAAAACGACGCUGACGCAACUCGCAGUGAUCCUGAACUUAUGCAGCACGUGUUGGCAGAAAUCCGCUUGUGGAAGCAAGAAGCCACGCUGCCCACCUCAAGCCCUAACGCAGAGGCAAACGGCACAGGAAGAGCGAUGCUCCCUGCGCCGGAUCUUUCCGGCUGUGAGAAGUGGCUGCCUGAACUAGACGAGGCACGAUCAGGCCCUGAGGCGGCCAUCUUCGAUGCGAGAGCACAGGCUUUGUCGAUCCUCGUCACAAGAAAGUGCACGGCUCUCGGGUGCAAAGCUUGCAAAGUUUGGCGAGCUGCUGCUCGGCGCAGCAUUUCCGCACGAUCGGCAGCAGCGUUCCUGGAAGCCUUUCGAACGCGGAAUCUCAUCAGAAGAUGGGCUGGCCAGAGGAAGGCAGAGAUCUAUCGAUCCAGGAGGCUCUUCUGGGCUGCAUGGCGAGGUUUCGCCAUGGAAUCGAAAAGGACGAAAGCAGAGUCUGCUGUACGAAGACGGGGCUACAGUCACAUGCUCAGAUCCGCUUGGCAGCGGUGGAGCAUUGCCACCGUGUUGAAAGCUCGUGAAGCGAUUUGUCGGCAAAGGGCAAAGACACGACGUCUUGGCGUCACCCUUCGAAGCUGGCAAAGUUUGAAAGCGGCCAAAGCUUUUGCCGCCCACAGCACCCUGCUCGGCAGUUUCCGGAAAUGGAACCGCACAGUAGGUCAUCUUUUCAAUGAGCGUCGUGCGCGAGAGUUGAUGGUCGGUGUUGGAUCCUGGAGGCGUGGGGCCCCCACGCGUGGGGCCCCCACGCAUCGCCGCUUCUUCGUUUUCUGGGGCCAGGUGGUCCAGAACAAAAGGAUGCAGCGGCGCCGUGUCAGAGAGGCCAAAGAAGCCCUCCAGAAGCUGGCAAUCGUCCAGGCGCUUUGGUUUUGGCAUUCGCGUGCCCGAGAGUCCUCCGUGCGAGAGGACCACCUGAACCGGGCCUCCAUUGCCCUGCAGGCAAUGGUAUCUGCUUCCAGAUGGGCCCGAGCACACGAUCUGCUGAUUCGCUGGUUCGUUCGAUCUAAAGCCACAAGGAUCAUGUGCAGCGAAGCCGACUUGAGCGGUGAAGCUCCCUCAGCCAUCAGUUUGGAAGGCUCGGGCAUGUCAGAGGCAACAGCUCCACGCACACCCAGGCAGGAGAGAUCCGCAGAAGGACGGAUCAUUGCGUCUACGGUAUCCUCCGAGGAGAUCUUGACCAGGCACGUCGAUACCGCCCAUGCCUCGCCCGCACACGUGGAGCACGGCAUGGAGAGGCUGUCUCAGCCUUCUUCAGAGCGGCACCCAUGGAUUUCGUGCAGCGAGCGACUGCCUCCUGCGUCAGCAUUGGCUCGGUGGUUGAAGUUCACAGUCACGCUUCAGCAGGUGGAUGCGGCAGCGCUUCCCGUCCUUCAGUGGGCAUGCUCUGCAUGGCGUGGUGCACAUCUGCACGCGAAGUUGCUCCAUCUGCGAUGGUGGACCUUUGCAUUGAAGAUGCGCAGGUUGAGGGUGCAGGGCGUGCGGCGAGACGUCCAACGCCUGCGCAUUGCUUUCAGGGCCUGGUUCGAAGCCGUGGCUACGCAACUGCAAGAGGCGGUGGCAGCAGCUGAAGCAGAGUUGAGGGCCAUCAGUGAGACGGGCUUGGUGGCAAUGGAGCCGUUGACACAGCAGCGGCCCUCAGGCACCGAAGUCUUGCCAAGAUUCUGCCACGAGCUUGGCAUCGGAGACUGGACUUACUGGAGUGUGUGCUGCUUGGCCAUGGAUGGCAAACGAGUGGGCGUGGCCACUGCGGCACCGCUGCGAUUCAGUCGGAGUGCCGAGAGUCGAGCAAGGACCAUGAGCUACAGGGUGUUUCGUAGUGCUGAGGCAUCUGCAGCUUGUGCGACAAUGAUUUGCGCAACCAGGUGCUUCGUCGGUGGACGGGGCGGAGAGGCCAAUGGCCCAAUAGCUAGACUGCGGGGCCCCGCCGUAUCCACAGGUCCUCAACCGGGAAGCCUGCAAAGCAGCUGGCUGCCGGCUUCGGUCGCAGUGGUUUCUGCCUUUGCCGCACUGCGGAUGCAGCGAAAGUCCACCGUGGGGCGUUCGAACAUCACGCGCCAUGCAGAUGGCCUGGCCGACUGUCCGUACGCAUUGUACGGUCAAAAGGACAUAGACAUUGCAAAGGAACGUCAGGAGCUUCAGGUGCCCAGUGGCCCCAAAGAGAUUCGAAUGCCUGAAGAGCUGAAAGGUGACAUUGAGGCGCAGCGCAAGUUCUUCUCGUCCAACUUGACGCAAAUCUACAAGGACCUUAAGACGAACGGAGCUGUCGUGUUUCGCGGUUUCGAGAUCUCCAAAGACAAGGCAACCUUUGGCCAGGUAGGGCAGGCUCUUGAGCUCGACCCCUGUGAGGACCCAUUGCACUCGGUGGCGGCGCGAGAUGCUGUGGACAAGAAAGCAGGUGUGUAUGAGGCAGUGAACAAGCCAUCCCGCAGCAAGUUCUACAUCGGAAUGCACAACGAGAUGGUCGGCGACAGAGCGCCAGGCGCAGCUAUGUUUGUGUGCUUCAAGGCGGCCGAGCAAGGUGGUGAAUUCCUCAUUGCAGAUGGCCGCAAGAUGUUCAAGGAGCUGGAUGAGGCAUGGCUCCAGAAGGUCUAUGAUUCAGAUGUGGUUUACUCAACCGCAGAGUUUCCCAUGGGUUUCAUCGAGAGUCUGCCAGAGUUUGUGCAGCCAGCAGUUGAGCCGUUGGCCUACGGAGCCCUGACGCAGGCGUUGAAGAUGAAGGUUGAUUUCAAGACGGAGCUCCGAUGGGAGAAGUCAGACUAUGAUGGCAGCAAGAUCUUGCAGGUACGGGCGAUGCCACAAUACCCUGUAAUCCGCCAUCAUGCGACUGGAGAGCCGUGCUGGUGGGGUUCUAUGCAUUCACAUGCAGAAUACCUGCGGUCUGAGCGUGAGAAGGUUUUCGGAGAAGCGCAGGAGACAACUGGGGCGUCCAGAAUAAACAAAACCGACGUUUUCUAUGGCAAAAGCGGAGACAAGGUGGAGGUCGAUUGGCUGAAACACUUGGACCAGGUGACCCUGGACUGUGCUAUCAAGGUCAAGAUGGAGCCCGGAGACAUGGUGCUGCUGGACAACUAUCUGGUGAUGCAUGGUCGGUGUCCAUUUGAGGGCACACGGCUGCAUGCUGUGUCCUGGUUCAAGAGCGUUGGCCUCAGCUUGAACAACUUUCUGCUUCAUUUUACUGCAUGCUUCGGCGACACUUCGGAAACCCUCGGAAUGUCGGAAUGCAAAUAA